AUGCUUUUACCUUAUCAUGGCUACAGCUCUCAGCUGUUUUGCUUGAUUCUUCGAUGGGAGAAAGUUGACCCCUUCUACGAGUAUUCUUUAAGGAACUACAAUUUUCUCCUUCCUUCCACGGGCGAGUCAUACCUUGUGCAUCCCCGGAAACCCUUCAAGCGUAUCUUUUGUGGCGGCAGAAUAUGUCAUUUGAGUGAUCAACAUGAGCAAUGUCUUUGGCGUCUUGUUGAACAUGGAAUGAAUGAGAAUGAAGCAUGGGAUAUCAUCAAGGGUUUUGACAAAAGUGAGCUAAACAAUCUUUUAUUUGAUGAGUUCAAUGUCAAUUACAAUACAUUAGAGCCAAUAUUCCGAGAAGUGUCUUGUGUUCUGAAGACAGUGGUUGAGGACAUAGUGAAAUACAAAGAUAAUGGUGCUCCAAUUAAAUGGCACAGAAGGAAGAUUAUCACUGUGCAUUCCAAGAAAAUAGCUGGUAAGAGAUUUUGGAAUGAGCAUACUGUUCUUUUGAAGGAUUUUGGUGGUUUUGUUGAAGAUAUUAACAAUGUGACUCCAGAGUAUGUGAGGUCCUUUGAAUUUCAUAGCAAAUUGAUGCCGUCUACAUGGAUUGUAGUUCGUAUAGAUGGAUGCCACUUCGACAGGUUUUCUGAGCUACAUGAAUUUGUGAAACCAAAUGAUGAUAGAGCCCUUAACUUAAUGAAUUUGUGUGCAGUUUCUGUCUUAGAAAAGUUUUGGGAGGAUAUAGUCUUUGCCUAUGGGGUUAGUGAUGAGUACAGUUUUAUUCUUAAGAAAACCAGUUAUCCUUAUCAAAGGAGAGCUAAUAAAAUGGUUUCAACAAUUGUGUCUUUCUUCACAUCCACACAUGUGAUGAGAUGGAGUGAGUUAAAGUAUCCUCCUUGCUUUGAUGGAAGAGCAGUGUGCUAUCCAUCUACUGCCAUUCUAAGGGACUACCUUUCAAGGAGACAGGUGGAUUGUCACAUCAACAAUCAAUACAACUCUUGUUUCUGGAAGCUAGUUGCAUCUGGAAAAAGCAAAAGGGAAGCCCAAAAUGUUUAA